UUCGCUUCCAAACCUCUCAGCUUCUCUAUAGACCUCUUUCAUCGAGACUCAUCCCUGUCACCUAUCUAUGACCCUUCAUCCACUCUAGCUCAACGAGCAGAGAAGGAGGCUCCACCCUCCAUGUUGCGCUCAUGCAGCAUUGCUUCACGGUUUUCCAAUACCACCAGUGUGAUCUCCAGCCCUGUGAUGGCUGGUCCCGAUAAUCCUGAUUCUGCCCUGCGUAAAGUUCCUGGCCUUGGCCGUGGUCCUCCCUCUCUUGUUAAACAGAUUGGCUCUUCCAUUGAUGACAAAUUUGCUUACUGUCUUUUGGAGCUCAUCGAUUCACUCGAACAUUUAGGUGUAGCCUAUCACUUUGAGAGUGAGGUCAAGCGAUCACUAGAUGCCAUAUGCACGAGCACUAGAGGAUUUGAGGACCUCUACUCUUCUUCACUUCGCUUCAGAAUUCCGAGGCAACAUGGAUAUAAUGUUUCUGCAGAGUUGUUUAGUAGAUUUAGGGAACAGUCUGGCCGUUUCUCUGAGAAUCUUCGUGAGGACGUGAGAGGGUUGCUGAGCCUCUACGAAGCAACACAACUAGCCUGUGAAGGAGAAACUGUGUUGGAAGAAGCUAUGGCCUUCUCUUCACAUCAUCUUAGAGCAAGGAUAAGCCGCAUGGACCAGAGGAUGUCUCGACAGGUACAGCGUGCUCUAAGGUGGUGGAGGGACUUGGGCUUGGGCGAUCACAUUUGCUUCGCCAGAGAUAGGCUGGUGGAGAGCUACUUCAUGGCGGUGGGGAAGAUGCAUGAGCCACAGUUCUCACAGUACAGGAUGCAACUCGCCAGGGUCUCCUACUUGAUGGCCACCGUUGAGGAAAUCUUUGGCGAGCAUCAGUGGGAUCUUCAGGCGGCAGAGCAGCUGCCACAGUCACUGAGGGUCUUCUAUGCGGCUGUCUACAACACAACCAACCAGAUUAGCUACACUGUUCUUAGGAGGCAUGGCCGUGAUAUCACUUCACACAUGAGGAGAGCGGUGGAUGGGUGUAUGCAGAGCUUACUUGGUUGA